AAAGUAAGCGAAUUUUCUCAAUUUCCUCAAAAAUGAUUUUAUUAGCUAAACCUUUAGCCAGAUUAGGGCUAAAACAUAGGCAUUUAAGAAAAACUGUAACAACAUGGACACCUUUGGCCACUGCCUUCAAUUCACCGCCAUAUAAGAAAAUCAAUUUUACACGUAAUGAAGCGGGGCUAUUUUGUAUGCCAGAACUACGUAACCACGAAGGUUUCUUUCUGCUCAAAGAUAAUGUAGCCAACAAAACAGACGAACUGAUACAAGAGGCGAUUUCAGGCAAACGCCAACGUAAAAUGGUCCAAAUUUUUGAUGAACUGUCUGAUUCAUUGUGUAAAGUAGCCGAUUUAUCGGAAUUUAUACGUAUAGCUCACCCACAAAGUAAAUAUGCCCAAGCAGCAGAAGAUGCCUGUAUUAGUAUUAGUGGCAUAGUGGAACAUUUAAAUACCCACAAAGAUAUCUAUAUGGCCUUACGUAAAGUUGUGGAAGACGGCGAUCUCAUGGAUACCACCGAAGUGGAUAAACAUGUGGCUAAACUCUUUUUAUUUGACUUUGAACAAUCAGGUAUUCACUUAAAAGAAGAUGAACGCGACAAGGUAGUGCGUUUAAAUGACUAUAUUCUGCAACUGGGACAAAAAUUUAUGCAUGGUGCUGUACAGCCUACUGCCUUUCCUAGAGGUCAAGUGCCAGAUUCCAUUAAAACUUAUUUUCCUUCCGAAGGCGACCAUGUUUUAGUAUCUGGCCUCUAUACAAAUUCCGCAAAUCCUCAGGCUCGUGAAGCAGCCUAUAGAUUGUUUUUAUAUCCCUCGGAACGGCAAGAGGAACUGCUCAGCGAUAUGCUAAAAUGUCGCCAUGCUUUAGCAAAAACAUGUGGUUUUGAUACUUAUGCUCAUCGAGCCCUUAAUUCCAGCACUGUAGAAAAUCCUGAAAUGGUGCGAGAGUUUAUAGAUGAGUUGACCAGCGAAUUACGGCCGAGAGCUGAUGCUGACUUUCGACUAAUGGAACAAAUGAAACGCAAAGAGAGUGGAAAUCCUCAGGCAACUUUAUCGGCCUGGGAUACUCCAUAUUUUACUUCGGUUAUGAAACGUAAUGCUUUAAAUGCCAGUGCUAAUGAGUUUUUGCCCUACUUCAGUUUGGGCGGUUGUAUGCAGGGCUUAGAUAAUCUUAUGCAAUCCCUCUAUGGAAUAUCUUUGCAAAACACAGAAAUGGAACCUGGCGAGUCUUGGCAUAACGACAUCUACAAGCUGUCCGUUGUGCAUGAAAAAGAAGGAUUGUUGGGAUAUAUUUAUUGUGAUUUCUUCGAACGUAAUGGUAAACCAAACCAAGACUGCCAUUUCACGAUUCAAGGUGGUAAACGUAUGCCCGAUGGAUCAUAUCAACUACCCAUAGUAGUAGUAAUGCUUAAUCUAUCCCAGCCUCGCUGGACAGGUCCCACCUUGCUAUCACCAUCUCGUGUUGAUAAUUUAUUCCAUGAAAUGGGACAUGCUAUGCAUUCAAUGCUGGCACGUACCGAAUAUCAACAUGUUACGGGCACUAGGUGUUCAACUGAUUUUGCUGAGGUUCCUUCGGUUUUAAUGGAAUACUUUGCUAGUGAUCCCCGUGUUUUGCGUACUUUUGCUAAACAUUUCCAAACUAACAAACCAAUGGAUGAGGAUAUGUUACAAAGGUUGUGUGCUUCGAAGAAUUUAUUCUCCGCCAGUGAGACACAGUUACAGGUGUUUUACUCAGCAUUAGAUCAAAUAUAUCAUGGUGAUCCUUUGAAGCAGGGCUCAAAUACAACGGAUACAUUACAAAGUGUACAAAAAGGAUACUAUAGUUUACCUUAUGUGGAGCAUACGGCUUGGCAAUUAAGAUUCUCUCAUUUGGUUGGUUAUGGUGCUAAAUAUUAUUCUUAUUUAAUAUCAAAAACUAUAGCCUCUUGGAUAUGGCAAAACUAUUUCGAAAAAAAUCCUUUUAAUCGUGAAGCUGGCGAAAAAUAUCGCCAAGAAGUCUUAGCUCACGGUGGUGGUGUACCUUCCCGUCAACUAGUCGCAAAUUUCCUAAAGCGAGAUCUCACUCCUCAGAAUUUGGCACACAGCUUGAUACACGAAAUAGAUGUUAACAACGAAAAAAUUAAAGAUAUGAUAACAGUUGAUAAAUAAACAUUAUCCAUUAAUGUCACAAUCUUCCUCACACUCAUCAGACCAUAUUAAAAAAUGCAAAAUCAUAUUUAGUUAAAUUGUUAACAUUUUUAAUAAAAAUGUUGGUAUUUUAUAAAACAAAAUUAAA